AUGGGUGCCGUAAGAGGCUGGGGAACUAUCGCAAAUAUCGCAGCCGGAGCAUAUAUUGGUGGCCUUUUGGUUUGCUGUGGCUCGUUGUAUUUCAUGUAUAAAGAUGCAGAUGAAAGACAACACAUACCGUUUGAAAUUCUGUUCAGUAACCAAAUCACUGCUGUCAAAGGGAUAAGCAAGGACGAUGUGUUGAAGAGUCCUCGGUAUGCCGUGAAGCACUACCGGCGACUUUUAAUCGACUUAGCCAAGCAAGAAGACGGUGGAUUGGAGUACAAUGAGACGCUAGCAGAUGGUAUGCGUAACUAUAAUGUGCCCCUUCUUGAUGCAGAGACGUUGGUGUACCACAAGUCUGCGGACUUCUCCAACUUCUACAUCGAUAUAGUGUUGCGAUACGCCAAAGCGCUUUUAGCCAAAGGAAAGCUCGAGGAGUCCGUCUCAAUCUUGAAACGUAUUGUUGAUGACAACGAAAUCUUCUACAAGUUGGGAGAUGCUGAGAGGAUGUCGCAAUGUUGCCGUGUUUUGAGUAGAGUCACCCCAGUGCCAGAGGACCGCGUGACCUACUUGAAGAGGUCCAUAGACAUGUUGAGAACGACCUUUCUGCGUAUCCACAUCGAUGCCAACUAUCUUCUCCAAGAGGAUCUGCGUGUAACGGACGAGCUAUUCUUGUCACUCGAUGCGUUGGCUGCCAGUUACGCUCGCCAGUCGAAAGAGACCAAGGGUAAGGCUCGGCAACAAGCCUUGACAUCCGCACUCAACAUCUACUUGGCCAAUCUCAAGUGUGUGUCGCAUAUUCGUGAAGUAAUCGAGACGCAAGAACUCACUCAGGCGCUGUUUCCACUCUUCAAUUGUGAUUUGGACAACUUAGACAUUCUAUGCGCAGAGACAAAGGCACAUAUCAGCGAGGUAAUGUGGGCUAAGGGAUACAAGAAAAAUGCUGUGGCAUGGGGAGAGGAAGUGAUCGAGGAAAUUUACUUUGAGAACGCACAUAAUGCUCGGGCGUCUCCGAUCUUGAUCAAUGUCUUGGACAAUUUGGUGGAGAUGUAUUCGCAGCUAAAAGAUGCUCGUCUGAAGCAGAGAUGUGAAGAUCUCAAACAGAAUCUCCAAGUAUUCGAGGGUGAGCCAAUGUCGUGGUAUGAUAGUGUGAUUCAUCGGUUUUCUAAGAUUAUUUAUCACAAGGGACCAUUGGGAAUUUUGGAAAAGGCAUUGAAAGAAAGAUUCGGAAGACCCGAACGAAUUCCUGAUAUUGAAGAGUAUGAGGACGAGGAUGAGGAGGUGUAA